AUGGCAGGUCUUACACUCUUGGUGCUUGUCCUUGUGGCUGCUUGCAGUGCUUCCACUAUUCCCCACUCUGCGGUGCAUCCGCGGGACUUGAAGGCGGAGAGCAGGAGCAUUGAAGGUCGCAUUACCAAUGGAGUUUUGGCGACUGAAGGACAGAUUCCCUACAUCGUGGGAGUGAGCCUGAACAGCAACGGCCGCUGGUGGUGGUGCGGUGGCUCAAUUAUCGGACACACUUGGGUGCUCACUGCCGGACACUGCAUUGAUGGUGCCGAUGAGGCUUCCCUGUACUAUGGUGCCAUCAACUACAACGAGCCCGCCUUCCGUCACACUGUGGGCAAGGAGAACUUGAUUAUGUAUCCCGAAUACCAUGGUCUGGACGCUGAUUUGGCUUUGAUCAAGACUCCCCAUGUGGAUUUCUACAGCCUGGUUGACAAGAUUGAGCUACCCAGUUUGGAGGAUCGCUACAACUCCUAUGAUAACAAUUGGGCCAUCGCCUCUGGCUGGGGUGCCAUCUACGAUGGAAGCAAUGUGGUUGAGGAUCUGCGAGUGGUGGAUGUCCGCGUGAUCUCCGUGGCAGAGUGCCAGGCCUACUACGGAACUGAGACGGCUUCUGAGAACACCAUUUGCGUGGAUACUCCUAAUGGCAAGGCCACCUGCCAGGGAGAUUCCGGUGGGCCACUUGUCUCCCAGGAGGGCAACAAGCUGAUCGGAGUUACCUCUUUUGUCUCCAGUUAUGGCUGCCAGGUGGGAGCACCUGCUGGAUUUACCCGUGUAACCAAGUACUUGGAAUGGAUCAAGGAGGAGACCGGCAUUUAUUAUUAAAAUAUGUAUAAUCCAAUAUUUUUCUGAACUAAAAUAAAACAAAGAUAUAUAUUUGUGAAGAAUUAA